GAUUAUGUUGUAGUGAACAUUUGUUUUUUUCUAUUUAUUUAUUACCAGCGGCUUGUGGGACUACAAUAACAUUUUGUAAAUAAAUAAAAACAUCAAAAUUUCGGAAAACACGCUUUAAAGAGUGCUAAAAUACAGUUCUUGAAAAGUGCAGAUAAAACGCUCAGCCCAUUAACUGUACCAACAGUUUGUACGUUUAACUUGGAACAAACCCAAGACGCGAAGAACCAAAAAAAGCAAAAAACGAAAACCACAUUCAAACCAAACCCUUCUCCAAAGCCUCAGCUUAAGCGCGGCAAGUGUCUUCGGCCUUAAAUGUUCAUCAAAAAUAAUACAAUUUUGAAUAGCAGCAGCAGUGGAGUUGGCGCAAGCAUUGGCGGCAGCGGCAUCGGCAUAGGCAUUGGCAGUAGCAGUCUUGGUGUUGACAGCAUCGUUGGCGGUGGGAGUGAGAGUGUUGGCGCCAGCAGCGUGGCAGGCAGUUUGAGUAUCGCAAGCAGUAGCAGCGUCGGCGGCAGCAGCAAUAGCAUCGGCGGCGGCGGAGGUGGUGGCGGCGGCGGUGGCAGCGCAGAGUUGCUUUACCCGAGCAGCAGCAGCAGUAGUAGUUCGAGUGCAAGUGGCCAAGUUAGCAGCGCUUGUAGUCAUAGCGGUAGUAGCAGUAGCGUCAGCGGAGGUAGCGCAGCGCCUUUAAAUCCAACACGGCCAUCGCGCAGCACCGCGCAGACUGAAAAUAAUAAUAGCGUUAGUGGUGGCAAACGCGGCCUCAAUUUGAGCUUAUUACACAAUCACAGCAAUAAUUCGAGUAGCAGCAGCAGCAACAGUUGCAGCAGCGGCAAUAACAACAACACUGCCAUCAGCAGUGGCCUUGGCACAUUAGUUGGCCACAGUGUUGGUGGCAUUGUCGGCAGUGGUCGGCGUUUGAUUGGCGGUCUUGGUGGCAGCAUUUGGCGUUCGGCCACCUCGAACACAUCCUCCUCAUCGUCGUCGUCAUCGUCCGCCUUAUCCUCAGCCGCUGUUACAGCCUCCGCGCCGCCAACGGCAGCAAACUUAAGCGCUCACGCACCGGCUAGCGCAACAGCAUCCGUCUCCUCAAAUACGACAUCGGCUUCAUCGCCGACAGCUUCUUACGCCAAUUCGACAGCCAGCAGCAGUGCUGUUGCUUUGACCAUUACUGACGGUCUGGGCGCCAAUAGCGGCGGCGGUAAUAAUUAUUUUGUCUGUGGCAGCGCACCGGCGGCAGUAGCAGCAGCAGCAACUGCGGCAGCAAUUGUUUAUAGCGCCGGCAAUAAUCGGGCUAGCGGCAUUGGUAGUAGCGGUAGCAGCAGCUAUCUGCGCGGUCAUACAAAAACUUUACUAUUUCAAACGGUUAACGCAACAACAGCAACAACGGGUAGCAGCGUGAGCGCAAUUGCUGGCGGCGAGAGCAGCGCCAUCAUCAAAAUGGACGAGGAGGACUCGAUGGAUGAGGACAUGCCACAAACAUUCCUCAGUUCUUCGGAUACGGAUGAUGAACCUAUAAAACAACUGCCAAAAGAAAUUCUUUUACGUAUAUUCUCCUAUUUGGAUGUGGUGUCUUUAUGCAGAUGUGCACAAGUCUGCAAAUAUUGGAAUGUGCUAGCCUUGGAUGGGUCGAGUUGGCAGAAAAUCAAUUUAUUUGAUUUUCAACGUGACAUCGAGGGUCCAGUUAUUGAAAAUAUAUCCCAACGAUGUGGUGGCUUUUUGAAAUUUCUUUCAUUGCGCGGCUGUCAAUCAGUUGUUGAUAAAUCAAUAAGAACAUUAGCAUUUCACUGCCCCAACAUAGAAAACUUGGACUUAUCCGAAUGCAAGAAGAUCACCGAUAUAUCGACACAGUCAAUAAGCAAAAACUGUGCAAGAUUAACAGCAAUCAAUUUGCAAUCGUGCUCUAAUAUAACCGAUGAUAGCUUGAAAUAUAUAUCGGAUGGUUGUCCGAACUUACUUGAAAUCAACAUUUCAUGGUGUCAUUUAAUCUCAGAGAAUGGCGUUGAGGCCUUGGCGCGCGGCUGUAAAAAGCUACGCAAAUUCUGCAGCAAAGGUUGUAAACAGGUCAACGACAAUGCCAUCACCUGCCUGGCCAAAUUCUGUCACGACCUAAUGGUGCUCAAUUUACACAGCUGUGAGUCAGUCACCGAUGCCUCGAUACGACAGAUCGCAGCCAAUUGUCCUAAAAUGCAAAAGCUGUGCGUUUCGAAAUGCGCCGAACUAACUGAUCUCUCACUUAUGGCUCUCUCACAGAACAAUCCGAUGCUGAAUACGCUCGAAGCGUCUGGCUGUCGUAAUUUCACCGAUAUCGGUUUUCAAGCAUUAGGCAAGAAUUGCAAAUAUUUGGAACGUAUGGACUUGGAGGAGUGCAAUCAGAUAACAGAUUUAACGCUGGCGCAUCUGGCUACCGGUUGCCCCAGUUUAGAGAAAUUGACCUUGUCGCAUUGCGAGCUUAUCACUGACGAUGGAAUACGUCAGCUGGCGGCUGGUUGUUGUGCAGCUGAAAGUUUAUCCGUCCUCGAAUUGGAUAAUUGUCCAUUAAUCACCGAUCGUACAUUAGAGCAUUUAGUAUCUUGUCACAAUUUACAAAGAAUCGAGCUAUUCGACUGCCAAAUGAUUUCGAGAGCAGCAAUACGAAAAUUAAAGAAUCAUCUACCAAAUAUUAAGGUACACGCCUAUUUUGCACCAGUAACACCGCCACCAGUCACCACUGGACAUCGCCCACGGUAUUGUCGCUGUUGUGAGAUUCUCUGAGAUUCGGCCAUCGGCUUCGCCAGGAAAUUCUUGUGCAAGGGCCCUACUGACUGAUGUUUGUAUAUAUUUACUAGUACAUUUUUAAUUGUUCUGACGAUCAUAAUGACAUCGCUAACACUCAUGUAUCUCUUCUCGAUGAUUUUUUAUGUUUUUUGAAAAUUAACUAAAAAUAUUAAAGAACAAAUGACAACAUGCAUAAAUAACUACAAAAACAACCACUACUAUAAUCACAAGAAUCACAAUUAAAAAUAGGAAAGAAAGCCAAUGCAAGUGGUGGCAUGAUUUAAUGUUUUCGAAAACUAGCUAAGGCAAUUGCAGUCAACCCCAGCAAAACAAAACAAAGAUUAUGUUUGAAUAAUGCUCUGUAAUUGAAAUUUAUUGUAUAUGCAUAGGCAAAGCUUGGAAUUACGUGAUUGCACUGUAAAAAUAGAGCAGAAAUGUAAACAAACCAAAAAAAAUGGAAAUUAAAUGCAAAGCGGAGUGAAAGCAAAAAUUAUUAAAUGUAAAUUCGAAUUGAUUGAGACAAAUUCACUGAGUUUUUAAGUCAAAUGGACUUUAUAAGGCAAAGGAACGCGAUCUAUGUUUUUAAGUAAUAUUGUACGAAUAAAAGGUUUUGUUUUAACGAAAUUCUAAAAUCAAAAUAUAAUGCACAAAGCAAAAUUGAGAAUUAUAAAAGACUAAACGUUUAAAGCGAAAGAAAAAAAGAAGCAAAAAUAAGUAAUUAAUUUAUUGAAAUUCAAAAAAAAAAAAAUCACUUAACUGCAGAAAAAUCAAUAAAAGAAGAAAAGUAAAUUUACAAAAGAAUUCGCGUAAGACGCUUUGCAAUUUUACAAAAUUUUCGCCGAUUUUUGUGUUUCGCGCACGCAUGCCGUAAAGUGAGUAUUAAGAAAA